CUCGGAGGGAGCAGACAGUGAGUGAGAGGCCGGUGAGUGACCUACACGGAGCGGGCUGAGCGGCUCCCAGCAUGAGCUUCGCCGAGGAGAGAGCCGCACAGCUGGGCUUCGUCCCCCAGAAGGAGGUCGUCUAUAACCGGCUGCUGCCCUAUGCCGACCGGCUGGACCGGGAGUCCAACGAGCUCCUGGCGCAGAUCAAAAGCAGCCUGGGCCGGGCCGUGCACCUGCGGGAGCUGUGGCCGGGGGCGCUAUUCUGGACCCGGAAACUCAACACGUAUAUUCGACUCUAUGGACGGAAGUUCAGUAAAGAAGACCAUGUGCUUUUUGUCAAGCUGUUGUACGAGAUGGUGACUAUCCCAAAACUGGAAAUCAGUAUGAUGCAUGGAUUUGCACGUUUGCUAAUAAACCUAUUAAAGAAGAAAGAGCUUCUUUCGAGGGAUGAUUUGCAGUUACCCUGGAGGCCACUCUAUGACAUAUUGGAGAGAAUAUUGUACUCUAAAACAGAACACCUUGGCCUCAAUUGGUUUCCCAGUUCAAGUCAUCGAGGCUUGUCCUCCACUAAAACAAUUUUGCUUAAUGUUUUACAUAGGUGUGCUGUGGAGGGGGUCCUGAAGACUCUAGUGAAAGCCUGUCGACCCUAUUUUCCAGAUAAUGCAACAGCAGAGAUGUUGGAAGAAUGGCGGCCUUUAAUGUGCCCUUUUGAUGUGACCAUGCAGAAGGCCAUUAGUUAUCUUGAAUUGUUCUUGCCUACCUCUCUACCUCCGGACCUACAUUGUAAAGGUUUUAGGCUUUGGUUUGAUGAAUUACUGGCUCUGUGGGUUUCAGUACAGAAUCUUCCUCAGUGGGAAGGGCAUCUGGUCAGUCUCUUUGCACGAUUGGCAAAUGACAAUAUCGGGUACAUCGAUUGGGAUCCCUAUGUACCAAAGAUCUUCACCAGGAUCCUGCGAAACCUAAAUCUUCCAGUGGGUAGCAGCCAGGUAUUGCUCCCAAGGCAGCUCACCAAUGCUUAUGACAUUGGUCAUGUGGUAGUAUGGAUCACAGCAAUGAUGGGCGGCCCAAGCAAGACUGCACAGGCACACUUAACGGGGCUCUUCAAUAGCAUAGCAUCGUUUUACCAUCCAUCCAACAAUGGGAGGUGGUUGGCAAAACUAAUGAAACUGCUUCAGAGGUUGCCAUGCUGUUUUGUCCGAAGGUUGCACAGGGAAAGGUACAAGAAGCCUUCCUGGUUGACCCCAGUUCCGGACAGUCACAAGCUUAGUGACCAAGAUGUGACAGACUUUGUGGAAAGUAUAAUCCAGCCUGUACUGCUGGCCAUGUUCAGCAAAACUGGAAGUGGUGAUGCAGCCCAGGCCCUGCAGAACCUUGCACUAAUGCGCCCGGAACUUGUUAUUCCCCCAGUACUUGAAAGAACAUAUCCAGCUUUGGAAACUCUAACUGAGCCUCACCAGCUUACAGCAACAUUAACGUGCGUAAUUGGCGUGGCACGCAGCCUUGUAUCCGGUGGCAGGUGGUUCCCAGAAGGUCCAACACACAUGCUACCUCUGUUGAUGAGAGCACUUCCUGGGGUUGAUCCUAAUGAUUUCAGCAAAUGUAUGAUCACAUUCCAGUUUAUCUCAACAUUUUCCACAUUGGUGCCUUUAGUAGACUGCUCGCCACUGCUGCAAGAGAGGAGUGAUCUUUCCGAGGUGGAGAGGGAGCUCUGCUCGGCUACUGCAGAGUUUGAAGACUUUGUCCUGCAGUUCAUGGACAGGUGUUUUGCCCUCAUUGAAAGCAGUUCUCUGGAACAAACCCGGGAGGAGACGGAGACGGAGAAAAUGACCACGCUUGAGACAUUGGUGGAGCUGGGCCUUACCACUACUUUCAGCACAAUAUUCACACAGUGCUCCAGUGAAAUUUUCAAGGUAGCCCUGGAAAAGGUUUUCAAUUUUGCAGUAUCCAAUUUGUUUGAGACAAGAGUUUCGGGCAGAAUGGUUGCAGACUUAUGCCGGGCUGCUGUUAAGUGUCACCCUGUGGAAUCGUUGAAGUGGUUUCUGCCGCAUUGCUGUAAUAUUAUAACUCAGCUCACUCUCAAUGAUGAUGUCCUACGUGAGGAAGAGUUGGAUAAAGAGUUACUAUGGAACCUGCAGCUUCUUUCUGAGAUAACAAGAGUUGAUGCAGCAAAAUUGCUUCCCUACAAAGAUCAGCUCGUAAAGAUUCUUCAGAGAACCCUGCACUUCAAAUGCAAGCAGGGCUACACUCUGUCCUGUAACCUACUGCACCAUCUGCUACGAUCCAGCACGCUUAUAUACCCCAAGGAAUACUGCAGUGUACCUGGUGGAUUUGAUAAGCCUCUCUCUCAAUAUUUACCCCUAAAGGACUGGGGGAAGGCGGGCGAUUUGUGGAACCUGAACAUACAGUGGCACUUUCCUUCUGCUGAAGAGAUCACCUUCGCUUACUACCUUCUUGAUAACUUUUUACGACCAGAAUUGCAAAAACUGGAGUCUUAUGGAAGCGGAGAACUUGAGAUGUCAAGGGAUGAUGUCCAGCAAUGUCUGACUAUCGUGCAAAGCUGUCUUACUGGCUCCGGGAAUCUUCUACCUCCUCUGGGUGGAGAGCGAGUUCCACACCUGGUUUCAAGCAUGGUGUCUUUGGAUGAGACGAAACCUUUCAUUGGUACAGAUUAUGACUAUUCCAGAGAAAACUACAGAGAAUUGAUUACAAAAACACUCAGGAAACUCUUGCACUAUAUCCUUGAUCACUCAGAAGAUGAUACGAAGUCGUUAUUUCUAAUAAUAAAGAUUAUCGGUGACCUUCUGCAGUUUCAGGGAGCCCACAAACAUGAGUUUGACGCUCGAUGGAAGAGUUUUAAAAUGGUCAAAAAGUCCAUGGAAAACCGGCUCCACGGUAAGAAGCAGCACCUUCGAGGCCUCCUAAUUGACAGAGUCAUGCUUCAGCAUGAGUUGAGAACAUUGACUGUCGAUGGCUGUGCAUAUAAGCUUGUUCACCAGGACAUUCUGAGGGAUCUUCUAAGAUUGUCAACCAGCUCAUAUGGUCAGGUGAGAAAUAAAGCCCAGCAAGCAUUUUUCACAGCUCUGGGAACCUACAGUUUCUGCUGCCGAGAUAUAAUUCCUCUCGUACUUGAAUACUUGCGCCCCGAGAGGGUUGACGUCACUCAGCAACAAUUCAAAGGUGCCUUGUACUGUCUACUUGGAAAUAAUGGUACAUCUUGCUUAGCAAACCUUCAUGACUGGGAUUGCAUUGUGCAAGCAUGGCCUGCAAUUGUAUCUUCUGGUCUCAGCAAAGCAAUGUCUCUGGAGAAACCAUCCAUUGUCCGCCUUUUUGAUGAUCUGGCUGAGAGGAUUCAUCGACAAUAUGAAACCAUUGGCUUGGAUUUUUCGAUACCAGAGUCCUGUGUACAUGUUGGAAUUCUCCUACAGCAAUCAAAAGGUCUACCCACAAACUCACAGUUGCCUCCUCCUGAUGAAGUCUGUCUAGCCAUUAAGAGGCAAGAGGAUAAGAAUUCAGAAUCUUUACAGAAAUAUGAGCGGUUGGUCAACACUCUGUUAGAUUGUGUUAACCAGAGAAACCUUCCUUGGAAGUUUGAACACAUAGGCAUCGGGUUCCUUACAUUGCUGCUGAGAGAUGAUCAUGUACUUCCUGCGCGCGCCAUCAGAUACUUAGUGCAGUGUCUGAAUCAUGAUGCCCUCAUUGUGCGCAAGAUGGCAAUCUCCACAGUUGCUGGAAUUCUAAAGCAAUUGAAGAGACCCCAUGAGAAGAAAACAAUUUGUCCGUACACAAUUAGUGGAUGUAGCAAACCAGACCGCAUCAUAGCAGGUGACAGAGCCGACAACCAGUGGUUACUUUAUGACAGUGCAGAUCUACCAAAGACUAAAGUGGCCUGGGAAUCGUGCUGCUUCGUGGAAAAGACACAUUGGGGAUAUUCAUCGUGGCCUCAAAACAUGCUGGUGUAUGCCUCUGCUGAUCAGCAACCUAAACUUGGGAGAACAAGAGAAGAGAUGUCAGAGGAAGAACAAAUAAUAUAUGAUCAUUUUACUGAUGAAAAGUUUGUUGACCAGCUGAUAAAGUUUCUGUCAUUGGAAGACCGAAAGGGCAAAGACAAGUUUAAUCCUCGCAAAUUUUGCCUUUUUAAGGGUAUCUUCAGGAACUUCGAUGAUGCUUUCUUGCCAAUACUGAAUCCUCAUUUGGAGAGAUUGGUUGCAGAUUCCCAUGAGAGCACCCAGAGAUGUGUGGCUGAAAUCAUUGCCGGCAUAAUUCGAGGUUCUAAACAUUGGACAUUUGAAAAGGUGGAAAACAUGUGGGGUUUGGUGUGUCCCCUUUUGAGGACGGCGUUGGCAAAUAUCACGGUGGAAUCUUACAGUGACUGGGGAACAUGCGUUGCAACAGCCUGUGAAAGCAGAGAUCCCCGCAAGCUGCACUGGCUCUUUGAGCUGCUUCUGGAGUCCCCAGUGAGUGGGGAAGGAGGAUCCUUUGUUGAUGCUUGUCGGUUGUACGUGCUUCAGGGAGGACUUGCACAGCAGGAAUGGAGGGUCCCACAGUUGCUGCACAGAUUGCUCAAAUACCUGGAACCCAAACUCACCCAAGUGUACAAGAACGUGCGAGAACGAAUUGGAAGUGUCCUUACAUAUAUUUUUAUGAUUGACAUCAACUUACCAAACACCAUGUCAACAAAGUCUCCUCACAUCUCGGAGUUCACUGCCAGGAUCAUGGACAAACUCAAACCUCUGAUGGAGGCUGAUGAAGAAAUCCAGAACCAUAUUAUGGAAGAGAAUGGACAAGGAGAACAGGAUGAAAGGACCCAGGCUAUUAAACUGAUGAAGACAAUAUUGAAGUGGAUUAUGGCAAGUGCUGGCAGAUCGUUUUGUACGGCGGUUCCAGAGCAGAUGCAGAUCCUCCCGUUGCUCUUUAAGAUCGCUCCUGUUGAAAACGACCACAAUUACGAUGAGUUGAAAAGAGAUGCAAAGCUGUGCUUGUCCCUAAUGUCACAAGGGUUGCUCUACGCAGAGCAGGUGCCUUUGGUUCUUGAUGUACUCAGACAAACAUCGAGAAGCAGUUCAUGGCAUGCUCGAUACACCAUUCUGAACUAUGUCCAGAACAUGGUUUUUUAUAAUCUCUUCAUUUUCCUUCACAAUCAAGAAGCUGUGCAGGGAGUCAGGUGGCUGGUUCUGCAACUCAUGGCUGAUGAACAGUUAGAGGUGCGAGAAAUGGCUGCUACUACGCUGAGUGGGCUCCUGCAAUGCAACUUCCUCCAGAUGGACGUAUCAAUGCAGACUCACUUUGAAGAGCUUUGCAAAACCAGAUUACCCAAGAAACGGAAGAGAGAUUCCGGAAUGGCUGUGGAUACCAUUCCUUCCGCAGAUUUGGUAAAACGUCAUGCUGGCGUAUUGGGACUCAGUGCGUGUAUUUUAUCCAGUCCUUAUGAUGUACCACAAUGGAUGCCACAACUUCUCAUGGAUCUUAGUGCACAUCUAAAUGACCCUCAGCCGAUAGAGAUGACUGUAAAGAAAACACUAUCUAAUUUUCGAAGAACACAUCUUGACAAUUGGCAGGAGCACAAACAGCAGUUCACAGAUGACCAGUUACUGCUUUUAACAGAUCUUCUGGUUUCCCCGUGCUAUUAUGCGUAAAAAGCGUAUGAACAUAUUCCGGAAUAAACUGAUGGAAUUGAAGGAUGGUCCAAAAACCUCACGUGGGAAUAUUUUACAUUUUUGAAUUCUCGCUGCCCCAGUGGAUGGGACUUUUUUAGCAUUCUUUUUUGUUUGUUUUUUUUCCUUCCUUUUAAGCCAACCAUAGAACACAAACUUUGAAGACAAUUUAAUUUUAAUUGAAGAGUUUGGGCUGUUUAACAGGCUGAAGUGGAUACAAUGUUAUGAUUGAAAAAGACUAGUCUCUAAACUAACAUGGACGGUCUGUAUAGGUUUGCUUGCCACAUUAGCACUUGAUAAGUUUUUUGUGUUUUUUUUGCAAAUGUUUUACAUGACUGUACAAUGUAGAGACUUUACAGUAGAUAAAUUGUACAGUUUGCAGGAAAAUGCUUCAGGCAUCGGCUUGUAACAAAGUCAGUGUGGACACUGAGGCUAAGCUAAAGCUUUGUAUCAAGUCAAAUGCCAUAUUUUUGUUUUUAAAUUAUUUUCUUAGUUUUGUUUUUUGGUUUUUCUUGCUCCUAUGAUAGAGCAUUUUUUUGUUUUUGUUUUUUAAUGUUUUUUGUUUUCAAAAAGCGCAACAAUAAACGAAAACCAUUAACGAUACCAUAUAGAGAACAUGCAGAGUUUUUUUGUUUGUUUUUGUUUUUGGGGUGUUAUGUGUGUGUGUGUGUGGUGCGCUCUUAAAGCCGAUUUAAUAUCUGUUUUAAGGUGACAGUUGGUUAGCAGGUUCAUUUGUACAUUGAAAUAAUUGUCAUGUUGGUUAACUCUGCAUCCCAUUUCAAGACUUGUGCAGUCUUCCUCGCAGGAAAAAUACGAUCAUUUUUUAAAUGUUUACCUGCUAAGUGACUGAAUCAGAACUUUAAAACACAGCAGUGUUCCUAGAACAGUAUUCAUCAGGUGUCAACGCAUAUACGUAACCACUGUAUAGCGUAGUGCCAAAACUCUUAUUAUUUCAAUUGUAUACUUAGUUUAUUUUAAGACACAAUAAAUGGAUUGUUUGUAA